AUGCUUAUGUUUCUUGUCGCUGGUUUUGAAACAACAUCUACCGCCUUGGCAUGGUCGAUUCAUCUUCUUAGCAAACAUCCGAAAGUACAACAGAAGAUUAAGGCAGAACUGAUUAAAGAAAAUGUUCAUCAUGAUUCGAUUUUACAUCGACUUGAUUCACUUGUCUACUUGGAUUGUGUUGUCAAAGAAAUCUUACGUUUUUCUCCACCUCUCGAUGCAGCGAUUCGAACAUUAACUAUGGAUGAUCAUUUACCAAACAGUGGUAUUCAAUUGUACAAAGGUGAUCUAAUAAUUAUUCCAAUAUGCAUUCUUUCAAGAGAUCCACGAUAUUGGUCGAUCGAUCCUGAACUAUUCUAUCCAGAAAGAUUUUUAGGUGAAGACAAAAAUCAUAGUCCUUAUGCUUUUCUUCCAUUUGGUAAUGGUCAUCAUCAAUGUAUUGGACAAGAUUUGGCACGAUUUGAACUCAAAGUUAUUGUAGCUAGACUAAUGCAACAUGUUACAUUCAUUGAUGGUGGUCCUGAAGUGAAUGCUGGUGGACGUGUACAAGGAUUGACUGUCACACCCAAAUAUGUCGGUGUUAAAAUUAAGUUCGAUUCAGAAAUUUAA